AAGAAAUAACCUAACGUCAUAUAUCACGUGAUCAAUGUCCAGGUAUGGUGGCCAAAACACUGUCAAAAUGUUAGAGUAUUUCGCAAGGAAGUGUAUAAUUUGAUCCAUAAAAGAAAAAUAUUCAACUUGAGACUGUUACUAGAUGAUGGGAGAGGCCGCCUCAGCGUCAAGUGCACCCCAGUUCUCCCAGCUGAAUGUGACUGUGCAAUCUGCAAAGCUUUCAAGUAGUGGAGGGUUGUUUUCUGGAAAUCCAGACACAUUUCUCGAACUAACUGUUGACCAGCAACCAUCACGAAAAACUGAAGUGUUCAAAAAGUCAACAAAUCCAAAAUGGGAUGAACAUUUUACUGUGCUUGUUACUCCAUAUUCAAAGUUAGAGUUUAAAGUUUACUGUCGGAAAUCAUUGAGAGCAGAUGUUGUGGUAGGACAAUGUGUGGUGGAUCUUCAUAGCGUGCUAGAGGACAACAAUGGAAAGUUGUCAAACUUCACCAAGAAGGUGGAUAUAUCAGUUGAAGGAAAGGGGAAGACUGGUAUUUUGAACGUAUGUCUGGAUGGACUUUCUGUAACCAUGUCAAGAUUUCCCAAGAAAUCAACGUCACGGUCGUCUACGUCAAAUGGUCAAGUUCCAGGAUCAACAAGUGGGCAGAGCAGUGGCCGUAGCAGGCAGUCACGUAAUGGUGCCGCAGGAAGAGUCCCUCCUGCCCGACCUGCUCCUCCGGCUCCUGCAGCAGCAGCCGGGAACGCAGCAAGUGGUACAAGUGCACCACCACCACCUCCACCUCCAGCUGCUGGGGAUGGGACUGCACCUCCACCACCAGCUAAUGCCCCUAGUGAUAGCUCAACCACAAACUCUGAUACAGCCAACAACAAUGAACCUCUUCCUGCUGGUUGGGAGAUGAGGACAGAUCCACAUGGCCGUCCGUAUUAUGUUGAUCAUAAUACCCGAACUACUACCUGGGAACGACCCCAACCGCUACCUCCAGGCUGGGAAAGACGUGUUGAUGGCCGUGGCCGUGUAUACUAUGUGGACCAUAACACACGCACAACAACAUGGCAAAGACCGAGCGUAGAUUUUGUACAGAAUGUGCAGAACUGGCAACAGAACUGGAACAACACACGCACACAAGCAUAUGAACAGCUACAAAAUAGAACGCUGUUUAACUCCACUAUGAUGCAGUCGGGGACAACCACUCAGGAUGAUUCUCUAGGGGCUCUUCCCGAGGGAUGGGAAAAAAGAGCAGACGCCAAUGGGCGUGUAUAUUUUGUCAAUCAUAAAAACAGAACAACACAAUGGGAGGAUCCAAGAACGCAAGGAACUAUACAAGAGGAUCCAUUACCAGAAGGUUGGGAAAUGCGAUACACAGCAGAGGGUGUUAGAUAUUUUGUUGAUCACAACACAAAAACUACCACAUUCCAAGAUCCCAGAGGUGGUCCUUCUAAAGGCCCCAAGGGAGCAUAUGGUGUGCCUAUCCAGUAUGAACGUAGUUUCCGAUGGAAACUGGGUCAGUUCCGCUACCUGUGUCAAUCCAAUGCCUUACCAGGUCAUGUUAAAGUCACUGUUUCCAGAGAUAACCUUUUUGAAGAUUCCUUUGCUCAGAUAAUGCGGUUACAACCAUUUGAUUUACGAAGAAGAUUGUAUAUUAUUUUCAAAGGAGAAGAAGGUCUUGAUUACGGAGGAGUAGCUAGAGAAUGGUUUUUCCACCUGUCCCAUGAUGUUUUGAACCCAAUGUAUUGUCUGUUUGAAUAUGCAAGCAACAGUAAUUAUAGUCUACAGAUUAACGCCGCCUCCAGUGUCAAUCCUGACCAUCUGGUCUACUUCAGAUUUAUUGGCAGAUUUAUUGCCAUGGCAUUGUACCAUGGGAAAUUUAUUGACAGUGGUUUUACCUUGCCAUUCUAUAAAAGAAUGUUGAACAAGAAGUUAAUAUUGAAGGAUCUGGAAUCCAUUGAUACAGAAUUUCAUAACUCCUUAAACUGGAUCAAAGAUAAUGACAUUGAGGAAUGUGGUUUAGAGUUGACAUUUUCCGCAGACUUUGAAGUUCUUGGAAAGAUAAGUCAGCAUGAGUUGAAAGAAGGAGGAGCUGAUGUAGCAGUCACAAAUGAAAACAAAGAGGAAUAUAUCAAUUUGAUGACAAACUGGAGAUUCACCCGAGGGGUAGAAGAACAAACAAAAGCUUUCUUGGACGGUUUUAGUGAGGUUGUACCACUACAGUGGUUGCAGUACUUUGAUGAAAGAGAAAUUGAGUUAAUGUUGUGUGGUAUGCAGGAGAUAGAUGUUGAUGACUGGGAGAGAAAUACCAUAUAUAGACAUUACCAGAGAAACAGUAAACAGGUGGUCUGGUUCUGGAAGUUUGUUCGUGAGCUGGAAAAUGAGAAGAGGACAAGGUUGUUACAGUUUGUGACAGGAACUUGCAGACUUCCUGUCGGAGGUUUUGCUGAACUCAUGGGGAGCAAUGGGCCACAGAGAUUUUGCAUUGAAAAAGUGGGCAAAGAGACAUGGUUGCCUCGCAGUCAUACGUGUUUUAACCGAAUAGACUUACCGCCGUACCGCAGUUUUGAACAACUUGUCGAAAAACUGACUCUAGCUAUUGAAGAAACGGAAGGUUUCGGACAGGAAUAGCAAAACUCGUCAUGUGAUAGUCAACAUUCUGUCGUAUUUUGUAUAUAUAUAAUGUAUGAACUCCGCUUAUAAAGGUUUCUCACGCUAUGAGAGAUAAUUGUUAUAAAGUUACAUAAAGCAUAAUGGAUGCAAGGAAAUUUAACCAAAGUUGUAGAGAUAUUUCAAACACAUAUGACGGUCAGGAAAAGCAUGAGAGUGUGGACAGGGAUUGGAAAAACAUCGAAACUGUUCUUGGAGGUGUUAACAGUUACAUUGAAAUGAUGGAAAAUGGCAAUUAAGUUUUUAGGUUAUACUGAAUAAAGUUUUAGCAUGACCUUUUUUUUUUAUAUAAAAUUGGUUGCUAUUGAUCAGAGGUAAUAUGAGUUAAUAUAGACGGGUAAUGUCCAAAUAUUAACUUAAUGUAACUUAAAAAAGUGUGCUUUCCUCUGUUUUUGGAAGGAUUGAAAAUAAAGUUUGUUUAAAACAACAGAGUUAAUGUGGAAGAUGAAUUUGUUACGAUCUGUUAACUUAUUUAUUGGUUACAGGAAUAGGUAUGUUUCAGUUAUGAAAAUAUGUAUUGUUAAUAUGUUCAAAGUCCAUUUUUAAGCUUGUCAUAAAAUUUACAUUUAGGGUGAAAUAUUUUGGAAACUUUCAUGUACACUGAACAAGAUACCAGAUGUAUAUUUUGAAAGAUAACGAAAGAAUUGAUAACCGUUUUGAAUAUUCAUGAAAACCCUCUUAGAAUGUAGAUUUAAUUCAUAGUUUUUAAAAGUGUAUUGGACACUUUACUCGUCAAGACAUUAGUUAAUACUUUACAGAAUACAUAAUUAUGCCAACAAUUUCAUACCAAAGUGAGUUUACAAAAUACUGCUUUUAACAAAUUUUGAAAGUACUUCAUUUAUAUCGAAAAAUGUGUGAAAUAGUCUCUUGAAUUUAUAACUAUUAUUAUUAUAGUGGUAAUAGUCUGAAAUUGUAUUGGCAAAAGAAUUGUAUUAUUUAGAAGCAUUCUUUAUAAAGCCUGAUUUACAUUCGAAAAAGUGAUUUCAGUUAGCAUAAAAUAGCAUUCAGGAAAUCUGUAUUUUUCCACAAGGUUAAAAUUUAUGUGUAUGGUCAAAUAGUUUUUCAGUCAAUGAAAUUCCAGUUACCUUUUGAAAGUGUGACAAUUGUAAUUAAAGAAAUUUUACUUGAGAAUUUGUUCUCAGCGGCAUAAAGUAACAAAGAAAGAAUAUUUUUAUGUUAAUUGAUACCAUUUAAGUAUGUAAAGUGUUUGGUUUGGUGCUCAUGAUUUCUGUACAAAUUAAUGGAGAAAACUAAACUUAAAAUUUCAUUUCACAUGAAUUUCACCAACAUUAUUGCAAGGCAACCUUGACUGAUUGCACUUGUUGUCAUACAGCUUCUUUCAAUGUGCAAUGUAUGCGUUAUAAUAGGCAGAACAUUUCUUUUAGCAGUCUGUUAUUCAAACAGCAGUAUCUGAAUAAAAUACUGAAUUUUGAAAGAGAAAAGUAAAAUGGAUAAUGUAAGAAAUGAGUCCCAGUUUGAAAAUGGAAUUCAUUCCCUAGAUUUUGGUUACAAUUUUGUAUGUAGUUUUUAUGCCUCCGAAGGGAGGCAUAUAGUUUUUGAACCGUCUGUCCGUCUGUCGGUCUGUCGGUCUGUCAGUCUGUCCGCAAUUUUCGUGUCCGGUCCAUAUCUUUGUCAUCGAUGGAUGGAUUUUCAAAUGACUUGGCAUGAAUGUGUACCACAGUAAGACGACGUGUCGCGCGCAAGACCCAGGUCCGUAGCUCAAAGGUCAAGGUCACACUUAGACGUUAAAGGAUAGUGCAUUGAUGGGCGUGUCCGGUCCAUAUCUUUGUCAUCGAUGGAUGGAUUUUCAAAUAACUUGGCAUGAAUGUGUACCACAGUAAGACGACGUGUCGCGCGCAAGACCCAGGUCCAUAGCUCAAAGGUCAAGGUCACACUUAGACGUUAAAGGAUAGUGCAUUGAUGGGCGUGUCCGGUCCAUAUCUUUGUCAUCGAUGGAUGGAUUUUCAAAUAACUUGGCAUGAAUGUGUACCACAGUAAGACGACGUGUCGCGCGCAUGACCCAGGUCCGUAGCUCAAAGGUCAAGGUCACACUUAGACGUUAAAGGAUAGUGCAUUGAUGGGCAUGUCCGGUCCAUAUCUUUGUCAUCGAUGGAUGGAUUUUCAAAUAACUUGGCAUGAAUGUGUACCACAGUAAGACGACGUGUCGUGCGCAAGACCCAGGUCCGUAGCUCAAAGGUCCUAAACUCUAACAUCGGCCAUAACUAUUCAUUCAAAGUGCCAUCGGGGGCAUGUGUCAUCCUAUGGAGACAGCUCUUGUUCAUUAUUUAAUUGAAAUCUUAGUCUAAAAUGGCACUUCACUUUGUAAUUCAUGUGAGUUAUGAAGCACCUUAUUGUGGAUCUAUAUGUUAGUAUAGUUCUGGUGAUAUUUUAUUGAUUAAUUUAUGAAUGUAAAACUCCUUUCAUUAACUUUAAAUUAUAAGCUCAUUUAUUUGUUGUUACACCCCCACCAAACAUGUUUGAGGGGGGUAUUUAGGAGUCAGUUUUGUCGCGUUCCGUCGCGUCACGUCCCAUCCCGUCACGUCCCGAAAUCUGUUAUCUCAGUUCUUACCAAAUGGAUUUGAUUCAAACUUAAGAUACAUGUUCCACCUUAUCACCCACAUCAUGUGACACAAGGUGCAUAACUCUGACACCAAAUUUUCAUGAAUUAUGUCCCCUUUUACUUAGAAUUUAAGGUUAAUUUUGUUGUAUUUUCACUAUAUCUCAGUUAUUACUAAAUGGAUUUGAUUCAAACUUAAAAUAGAUGUUCCACUUCAUCACCCACAUCAUGUGACACAAGGUGCAUAACUCUGACACCAUUUUUUUAUGAAUUAUGCCCCUUUUUACUUAAAAUUUAAGGUUGAUUUUGAUGUAUUUUCACUAUAUCUCAGUUACUACAAAAUGGAUUUCAUUCAAACUUAAAAUAGAUGUUCCACUUCACCACCCACAUCAUGUGUCCACAUCAUGUGACACAAGGUGCAUAACUCUGACACUAAGUUUUCAUGAAUUAUGUCCCCUUUUACUUAGAAUUUAAGGUUAAUUUUGUUGUAUUUUCACUAUAUCUGAGUUAUUACUAAAUGGAUUCGAUUCAAACUUAAAAUAGUUGUUCCACCUCAUCACCCAGCUCAUGUGACAUAAGGUGCUUAACUCUGUCAUAAUUUUUUUAUGAAUUAUGUCCCCUUUUACUUUAAAUUUAAGGUUGAUUUUGAUGUAUUUUCACUAUAUCUCAGUUAUUACAAAAUGGAUUUGAUUCAAACUUAGAAUAGAUGUUCCACCUCAUCACCCACAUCAUGUGUCACAAGGUGCAUACCUCUGACACCAAUUUUUCAUGAAUUAUGCCCCUUUUUACUUAGAAUUUAAGGUUAAUUUUGAUGUAUUUUCACUAUAUCUCAGUUACUACUGAAUGGAAUGAUUCAGACUUAAAAUAGAUGUUCCACCUCAUCACCCACAUCAUGUGACACAAGUUGCAUAACUCUGACACUAAUUUUUCUUGAAUUGUGUCCCCUUUUACCUAGAAUUUAAGGUUAAUUUUGAUGUAUUUUCACUAUAUCUCAUUCUGAUUGGCUUAGAGCCAAAGGGAAGUAACCUUUUUUUAACUUUUGCACUGAGUUUCUUCCUCUUAAAUUCAAGGAAUUAGUCUAUUUUUAGAAAUCCUAUUUUUAGAUUUUCAAUAUUUUAGGUAUUUUUCUAACUUUUUUAUUAUAAGUCCUAUGUAAAAAGUAAAUACAUUUUUCUGUGGUAACGUGGGUCGGUAAGACACUUUUUUUUGUAUUCACUUUCAGUGUAUCUCUAAUAUUAGAGAUUUUUUAUAUUUACUAGUAUUACUAUACUAGUAUUAUACUAGUAUUACUUAUAUGUGGAAGCCCAGGAUGAAGUACUCCAAAGUAUUUUUAAGAUUUCUUAUGGUUGCCAUUCUUCUGUGACAAGACCGUAUGGUGGGGGUAUGAGUCACUCCUGUGACAGUUCUAGUUAAAUUUUUACACAGUUGCUUUGUAAUGGUUGAAUGAAUAGUGCCUGUAUUCAGGAUAUCAGUAUGUGUGCACUAAAAUAUUCAUACAUUAGAAUUCAUGUUAUUAUAUACCUGUUUUUUUUUUCAUGUCCAAUCAUUGAAAAGCAUUUGCAACAUAUGACUGUACAGCAUAUUUCCGUAUUGGAUACAAAACAGUCUAACUAUUCCCAAGUUGUUAAAUUCGGCUCGGGUAUUAAUUGUCUUCUACACACUGUUAAUUCUGUGUAAUUUUUUCAUGCGAUAAAUAUCCAUGUAUAAUGCACACCCACAUAUACACAUCCCUGAUUUCAGCACAGAAUCCUGGGAAAAAACAUUUCAAAAUGACAUGAGGUUUUCAAUUAAAACUGAUAACAAAAGUUGUGAUUGUACUUUGUUCUGAUCUGUUAUGGAUCAAACAGCCAAUAAAUAUUGGCAACAGGUAACACCCUGUGUCAGUUUUGUUCUUCACAGUUUGAUUUAUGUUAAAAAUAAUACUCAAUCUUUCUUUAAUAUCAUAAUACCGGAAUGACAAAAAUCAUGAACAAAGUUACUCUGAACUUAGAAAACCCAUGUCUAAACCAAUGAAUAAUACGAACCCAACAAUUCUGUGGUGGUCCAACAGGUAAAAAUAACUGUUCUUGAUACUAUAGUAUAAUUACGGUAAUCACUUUUCAAACCCCUGAAUUAUCUGUUUUUUCUUUGUAACAAAGUAAAAGAAACUUUGACGUAAACAUUCUUUAACAUUUUCUUGUAAAAUACCGGAUGUAUUUGCACUGUAACUCGUCUGAAUAAUGAAAUAAGGUUCCCUUUUGGGCAGAGGAACUUAGAUCAGUAGGGAGAUCGCAGAGCUGUGAGUUUGAUCCUUGGGUGAUUCUCCAUGACGUGUAGAUAAUAGACCUUGUGUCUCAAGUCAUUCUUCAUCCACCUCUGAUUCAUGUAGAGAAGUUGGCAAAUGCAUAUGGAGGACAGGUUAGUACUGAUAUAUAAUCCAGGAACACUGGACAGAUUAACUGUCCACCAUUACAUAACUGAAAAACAGUUGGAAAACAGCACUUAACCCAAAAGAAGCAAAAAAGACCCAGUGAAGGGAAAAAAAUUUAUGCACCUAUUUUUAGCUUUAUAAUACCUGGUUUGAAGGGCUUGCUCUCCUGUUGUUAAACCAAGAAUUUAGUGUUCAUGAUAGUUUCACUGAAUAUUUUCUCAUGAAAGUAACCAAGAAUAUAGAAGUAUUGAAAAAAAAACUGAAUGUAAUCUUAAGAUAAUUUAAGGAAUAUAAUUAUGAUCAAAACUUAGAAGUACUGCAUAGAUCUUCUUGAAAGGGCUGCUUGUAAUCUAUGCAAGAAAUGCUCAAUUAUUGUGCAUAUAUAUGUUAGAUAAAUGGCUAAAUUUAUCCCUGAAACAUUUUCUUUCAUUUUCUUUUAAGCAUACUUUUUUACAGCAUUUUAGUUUCCUUUAUUUGUAUAGAUAUAGUUUGUAUUACUGUCAAGAAAGUUUUACAUCACUCGCCUCAUAGCUGACUAAUUUCUUGCUAAAAAUAGUCUUUUUAAUUGAAUAUAUAGAGACAAACAUUCAUUUCUAGAGUUUGCUUGUGUGCGUGUGUGUGACAUUCAGGGCACUUUUUUACUGUUGGUUCAAAUUGCUUGUAGAUUAUGUGAACAGAACAAUUUCUAUUUAUAUAGAAAGCUAGUAAAGAAAUUAUUUUUUAAACAGAUUAAAUGUAAAGGUCUCAGUGCAUGUGCUUAGAAGCGGUGCUUAGUUGGUUUAAUUUACAGGGUUUCCAUUAAACAAAUAAACAAGAUUUACUAGGUAUUCUUUUGUAAUAUGGACAGAACAAUAUCACUUUUACAUAUAUCAGAGGAUAGAAGCAAAAGUGGUCUUAAAUGCAUUUGAAAAAAAGAAAAAGUUUUUCCAUUUUUGCUUUCUUUCACUGGUAUGCAAAUUUAAAAAGUUCUACUUGGCAUCAGUUUAUAAAUAUUCUGGUCAGUGCAAAUUUCAGGCACCUUAUCCUAACAAUCUUCACCAUUAUAUGAGCCGUGCCAUGAGAAAACCAACAUAGUGGGUUUGUGACCAGCAUCCGCGCAGUCUGGUCAGGAUCCAUGCUGUUCGCUUUCAAAGCCUAUUGGUAUUAGAGAUACUGUUAGCGAACAGCAUGGAUCCUGACCAGACUGCGCGGAUGCGCAGGCUGGUCUGGAUCCAUGCUGGUCGCAAAGCCACUAUGUUGGUUUUCUCAUGGCACGGCUCAUAUCAUAAAAUGUGAGUAAUAUUUUAACUGUAUUUUUUGCUUUAUUAUAAUGUCCCAAAUGCAUAAACAGCACCAUUGUCUCAGCUGGAUGGAAUGGUUUAUGACAUUGUGACACGUUUUAUUGUUAAAUAUAUUCAGUAUUUUUACCAGUGUCAUGAACUUCUUUCAGUAGGAUUCACCAGUAAAGUUUUUAAAUAUUCUGAUUCUGUUCUUGGGGUUUUAUAUUUAGAAUGGAGUUUUCUGCAAUAUUUUGAGCAUGUAGCUGAUUCAUGGUGGUAAUGAAGAUAAAUUGUAGGCAUUUGAUGACCUUUAGGGACGAAUGAUUGCUUAUAUAAUGUGAUUAGACAGAUAUAUGAUAGGUAUUUGAUAACCUGUAGAAAUGAUCUCAUACAAAAAUCUUAAGAUGCACAAUACUUAAUCCAAAGUUUUUGGUUUGUUAUAGUUCUUUGGAGUUAUUUUAAAAGACAUAUGAUAAGCAUUUUAAAUAUAAUGUGAUAAUGAUCCUUGUAUUCUAUUAAUGUAGAUUUGAUCAUUUUCGUGCAGCUUUUAUUUCUUAAUUGCUACAUGAUAUACAGGUAUUCACGUUUAGCCAGUGAUGAUAUUUUAGGAGAUCAGGCUGUACUGUUAGUUCUUGAGUCAGUGUAACAGUCAAAAUUAGUGGAAAUGAAACUAACAAAUAUUAUCAAAUCUACAGCAGUUCUCUUCAGUUCAAAAUUGAAUUGCUUAGUUUUUAAUUGCCAAAUUCAUUUUAGGAAAAGAAAAAUGCUAAAUGAAUAAAACUAAUCAUAUCAGUCAAAAACGUCUUAAAUGUAAAACCCUUAAGAUUUGUCACUUAUUGCCCUUACUUCCAAGGUAGAAAGAGAUUUAUUUAUAUGGGUUUAUAUCUAAAUUAAUGCUUUGAAAGUUAAAAUUUGUUGCGUUUUGUUCUAAACCUUACAUUUAGCUGUUUAUAGCUUGUUGUUUAUAAGUUUGUAUAUUUGAUAAUCUCCUGUAUAUAAUUUAUAUAUAUAUAUAUAAAUGUAUGUACAGAGUUAGUUGCCAAUUGUUACUGUUUUUAAGUGUUUGAGUUACGGUUUAGCUGUGUAGUAUGUCUGUGCAUCUAUAGGUACUUUCUACAUUCUGACAGUCCUGAACAAUAGGUCAGUGUUUUCUUUUGGUCAUUGCCAGAAUGCAGCAAAUAUAUGUGCAUCUAUAGGUCUUUUCUACAUUCUGACACUGUUUUGAACAACAGGUGAAUAUUUCUUCGGUCAGUGCCAGAAUAUAGCAAACAGUGUGCAUCUAUAGGUCUUUUCUACAUUAUUACACUAUCAUGCAGAACAGGUAAAUGUUUUCUUUGGGUCAGUGCCAAAAUGGAGCAGCAACUACAUGUGUGUCUAUCAGUCUGACAUGGUACACAGCAAUACAGGGUCAUUGUCAGAAUAUAAUAAAUAAAUAUUUGCAUUUUUUGGUAUUUACUGCAUUCUGGCUGUUGCUUGUGCACUUGUUUUAUUAAAUUCUGUUGCUAAGUAAAUCCUAUGACACUCUAGUAUUUCAACUGUUCUUUUAUUCUUAAUCAAAAUGUGAAAUAUAUCUGACUUGACAUGUUGCACCCAUUCCUCUUUUACUCUGUAAAGAAAAUAUUAGGGAGUUCACAUUUUCUUGUAUUUUUUAGUUCUAAGUGAGUGUUUUUGAUGUCAGAAAUAUAUUACUCAGCGACACUGUUAUCUAAAUUGCUUACAUUGUAGCACUCUUUCAAAGAAUGUCAAAAAGAUGUGCAUUAAUGUCAGUGUCCAAGUAACCUGUAAAAGCACAACCUAGAAUACAUUUGUUUAAAAGUCUAUUCUGUUAUAUCACCUCCUUAAACUGUACAAAGUAUAUAUACAUAUAUAUAUAUAUAUAUAUAUAUAUAUAUAUAUAUAUAUAUAUAUAUAUAUAUAUAUAUAUACACACACACACACAAAAUAUAUCAUUUAGAAUAAUAGUGCAUUGUGUGACAUUCCCUGUUACUAAUCAGUGUUAUUUCUUUACAGUUACAGAAGUUGGAAAAAUGAAUUUUGAUUAAGAAAACUUGAGGUUUUAUGUUUUUGUGACAUUUCAUUAUAUUUUUAUGCACGAAAGAGAGUAGUUGCAGAAGUUUUCAGUGCUCAAAAUUUCUGCAGUUUUAGAUGUUUUUCUUUUUUAUUAUUUUUAAAGAAGCCACUUGAAAACUGAAUGAAAAUUGAAUUGUGUUAAUUUGGUGAGUUGAUGUCUUAAAAUUUUUAAAGUUAUUUUUCGUUUCAAACAUGUUUAUGUCACUCCAAUUUAUUCUCAUCCAGUAGAGGUUUGGCAUAGUACCAAAACAAAUCUCUGAUUUAUUUAUUUAUUUCAUUUACUUGGUUUGCAUGCACUUUCCUUAACCACAAAAGGUUGUUUCAGCCAAUCAUUGUUUUCCAGUUUUUGACCCGCUGACUUGACAAUUCUCGAAAGGCUUGUUAUGAAACAAUUAAAUAAUAACAUAAAUCCAUAUGGCUGAGCAAUCAAAUAAUUGGGUAUUUUGAAAACAGAAAUCAACCUAAGGAUAAAUUUAUUCUUCAUAAAUGAGCAUUGAAACGUAUUUUUCAUAGACCUUCCUGAUUUGGUAAAACAGUUUGUGAAGAUUUUCUUGGAGCGUCACUGAUAAGCUAAAACCUUAAGCAUGUAAGCCAAUAAACAAACUUAAAUUAUAGGGCCAUGUGCCAGAGGUUCAUCCAGGGAACCAUGGUAGACCUCUGAAAUCCAAGAAGUUCAAAACUCCAAAUUUUGAUUACAGUAGUGUGUGCUGAAUAUUUUAUAGGAAUACAGUGGUUUUGCUAUAGAACGUCUUUAUUGGUAAAAAAGGAAUUUUGGUUUUGUCUGUGCAACAUAAUAUUUAGUUAUUUUUGCAUGUUCAUUUCUGUAAGCUUCAAAUUUGAAUUAGUUGAUUUGCUAUUUAUCAUGUACAUUUUCAUACCAAUUUUUUAUUAUUUAAUUAUUGUUAUAUUUUGUUUUCUGUUAAAUGUGUCUUGACUCGUGUAUGAAAAUUUGUGUGAUGCAAUAUGUUGCUUUAUAUCAAGAGAAAUUAAAUCAUGGAACUUUU